AUGUUAUCAAGAAGAAAUGACAAGAGAAUACUCUGUACAAGUUUUCAUCCCACAGAACUAAAUGGGAAAGAAAGGAAGUGGCUGGUUUUCAACUGUCAAGAAGGUGUUCAAGCACCCUUCAAAGGACUCGUUGGAGAAGAAGAAGGAAAAUGUCGAGAAAUGGCAAUACGAAGAGCCAGAAGUUGUAGUCGUGCUAUUGCUGUGGCUGAGGCGACUGCAGCAGCAGCUGAAGCUGCAGUUGCUGCCGCUCAAGCAGCCGCUAAAGUAGUUAGAUUAGCUGGUUAUGGACGACGCUCCAAGGAAGAUAUGGCAGCAACUGUUAUACAAUCAUAUUACAGAGGAUAUCUGGCAAGGCGAGCAUUACGAGCUUUGAAAGGAUUGGUUAGGCUGCAAGCUCUGGUGAGGGGCCAUAAUGUGCGCAAGCAAGCUCAAAUGACAAUGCGAUGCAUGCAAGCACUUGUACGCGUGCAGUCAAGGGUACGUGCACGAAGGCUUCAACUAGUGCACGACAAGUUACAUGAACAAAUAGAAGAGAAAAUCAGACUAGAUCAAGAAGAGAAGAAGAAAUGGAGUCCAAUAAAGAAGAUUGAAACCGGAGCCCGGGAUAGGAGGAAUUCUGGCAUUGACAAAAUUACCAGGAAAAAUUCUAUGCGCAAACAUGAUUCUGAAAUGAAAAGGGAGGGAGCUCUUGCCUAUGCUCUUGCCUACCAGCAACAACACGAACAAGUUUUAGGUUCCAAUCAAAACUUUGACGAUGAUGGAAUUUACGGCCCCGAGAGCGACGAAUCCCAGUGGGGGUGGAAUUGGCUCGAUCGGUGGAUGGCUGCACAACCCUACCAUUCCCGGCAAAUGGUGGCCUUGGGAAGUUCCUAUGUGACAGGUACCAGUACCACAAUAGACACGAUGUCUGAGGAAACUGUUGUAAAGGAUUCCAGCACACAACUGAGGUCUAAAAACGAGAACAUGGGCCGACACAGGAGAGGCUCAACUGAGACAGGCCUGUACACCACACGUCAGCCACGAUCGGAUGAUGUCCCUAGCUACAUGGCCUCAACAAAGUCUGCAAAAGCAAAAGUAAUGAGCCUUGGUCCAGUCAAGCAGCAAAGCCCUCCAGGAGCACAGUGGAAAUCAUCAACAAAAAAGGGGACUAUUAAUGGGCUUAGCCAUGACUCAUCCGGUUCAGGUGGACCAACAACUCAUCAGGCCUCAAGGAUCCCAAGCCCAAAAAAUAAUGGACGUGGGCUGGAAAAUUGGUUUGCAGGCCGUAGCCCAGAAUCCAUUAGCGAAUGGAGACAUAAUUUUGGCUGA